AUGAGUGCUGGUUCGUUUUCAAUCUACGACCUAAACCCCGAAAUCAAAAAACUCCUCAAUGCCGACAACUUCCUCAAUGGGCUAUCGGUGAAUGAUUUCGUGGAGGAGAUAAGUAAAGACCAUAUUCUUAAAGGUGCGGAGGUAAACAAGAAGGCGUACCUUGACCCCAAACCAUACAUCAGGUCGUUUGAGAGCACAAUCAGAGAGUUGAAUCGUUUGAGCUCAGAUGCAAAUGAUCAAAGGAUAAGAGGAGAGAAGCAAGUUGACGCGUACGAGUUGAAACAUUCAAAGAACGUGCUUGAAUUGAGCAAUCUGAUUGAUACAACCACCGACAAGUUCAACCAAUUGGACAGCAAAAUAUCAGAUGUUUCCAGAAAACUCAGCCCCUUAGGAGCUACGUUGAAUAAAAUAUCCACGUCACGAGAUAAAUCAAGGGAAACUAUUUUCCUCAUCAGAGCCUAUCACGGAUUCUACACAAAGGGGGAAUACGCUCCUUUGGAGAAUUUGCGUUCGAGUUCCAAGUUAGAAGACAAUAUAGAGUGUGCAAGGUACGUCAAAAAGUUGAUACAUCUCUCAAGAAGAAUCAGCGAUGAAUCAAUCCCCAGCACAUUGAAGUGCUUACAAAUGGUGGAGUCUUAUGGAGAGCAAAUGGAAGAGCAGUUGUUGAAAAAGUUUGAAAUAGCAUCCGAUGGAGAUGAGCUAUCAGGAGGAAACUUUGAUAUCAAGAUGAUGAACAAUGUUUCUCAAAUCUUGUAUGAGUACAACCAAGGCGUCACAUUGAUGAAUAGAUUUGUCGAUAAAAAUGAACUCUCAGUUGACACAAGUAAUGAUGAAGCAGUCUUAGACGAAAAGGAGUGGGUUCAGUGGUCUGAUCCAAACGCUACAAAUUAUGAUUUGACGCCGCAUCUAAAUGACUUUUUAGAAAGCAUCAAGUUCAACAUAAAGUCGAAAGCCAGGUUGAGCAAAAGGAUAUUCAACAAUCCAGAGACAGUUAUUGUGUUGUUUAUUGAAAGAAUCUAUGAAACCGCCAUCAAGAGGAAAAUCACCACCUUGUUGCAAUUGUCGUUGCAGCAAAGUUUAUUGGCCCACGUGAGAAUUUUGCAAGCGUUGUAUGGAAUGAUUGGAGAGUUUACUAAUCAGAUCAAGGACUACAUGGUUACAGAGGAGUUUGAUACUGACCAAAAGGUUCUGCAAAUUUUGGAGCAAUCCAAUGACCGCUUGUUUGAGGAGUACAUCUCUGAUAAUGUAUACCUCGCAAGGGAAAAGAGAAACUUAAAAGAGGUGGUAAAUACUAUCUUGAACACACUUGACCCUGAUACAUUCAAUGAACAAACAAGCGAUGAUUUCACAGUGGCAAGAUCCGACACGUUGAGGUAUGGUCAGCAGUCAAGAACAUAUGACUACACUAGAUUUUCAGCCGAAAGAAAGAAGUUGGCGCAGUUUACUCAGUAUGUUAAAGCAAAGGUUAACGAAAAGGCAAGAAGUGACAAAGGAGUAUCUAAAUUAGAGCUUGAGGAAGAUGACCUUCGAGCAAUUGAUAGUGUCGAGACACUUUUGAAAGCAGCCGCGGAGUCAAUUGGAAGAGCAUUGGAGUUAGCACCAAAUGAAGCCGCCGAACACUCAUUGGACGUUUUGGCAUUAUUGAUUGUCAACUUUGAAAAAUUAAUUGUUCGCGAAGAGCUUCAAUUGCAAAGUCUCAACUUCUUUUGGACUCUCAAUUCAAUACAGUUCAAAAAGGAGAUAUUGUUUUGCUUGACCGCAUGUGCCAAGAAAAUCAUCUUUCCCUGCGUCACAAAUGACCCCAUUGCUAAAGGUAAAGCAAGGCUAUUGAUAAACGAGUUUGUAAAGGCACAAGAGACCAAUAUCAACGAACUACUUAACUCUGUUGUUGAUUACUCGUUGACGCAAAUCCGUGGCUUUCUUAGCAAGCAAAAGAAGAAAGACUUUCUAUGCGAUUCGAUUGAGGAUGAUACAGAAGCGUGUGAAUUAAUCAGUGAGUUUUUGAAUGAGAUGUACGCCAACAUCAGUGUUGCAUUGACUGGCGAUAACUUGUUAAAUACCUUGCUCACGAUUGGAAAUGAGUUUUUGAAGCUAUUACUCGAGCAUUACAAGAAGUUCUCGGUUAAUUCCAUCGGCGGUGUUGUGUUGACAAAAGACGCAAUUCGAUAUCAAACGAUCAUCGAUGAAUGGGGUAUCCCAGAGUUAUCUGAAAAGUUCCAAAUUUUGAAGGAAAUAGGAAACUUGUUCACGGUUCUGAGCGAAUUGGUCAACUCAUUGGUGACAGAGGGUCAAUUAUCGCGAAUGAAACCAUACAAUGUGAGGCAGUAUAUUAGCAGACGGGCAGAUUUCAACCCAAGCUAUGCUGACAAGUUUUUCAAAUUUAGGUAG